AUGGAUCAUUUAUUUUCAUCAUUGAUUAUAAGCGUUGCGCUUGUCUGCCCGAUGCCUGGUAUUCGCUAUCACAAGUUAAUGUUAGGUGUUUUUGUACCUGCGAUCGAACAUCUCCUUAUCGUUGCUACGACGUCAGAAAUUUCUAUCCUGGGGCUAAUGAAAAGAAAAAAACAAAAUUCUUCCAGUUCUUUUGGCGGAUUAGCAGACAUGUCUCCUUCUGCUCGCAUGGCCUCCCCUUUGUCCAAAUACAGCCUAAUCGAUACGAAGCUUGGGAUCUCCAGUGAGGGAGUAGCAAUGCUUUCCAUUGCUGGGACGCCAGAGGGACUGGUUUUUAUGGGAGGAAAUGAUGGCAAUAUUUACCAGCUAAAUUAUGAGGGCGAUAGCAACUCCUGGUUUUCUUGGUCCGGAGGUAGGAAAUGCAAAAAGAUCAACCAAACCUCCUCCAUUCUCUCCUCAUUGAUACCAACCAUUUUUCGAUUUGGCUCUGUGGAUCCUAUUGUUAGUUUGAAAAUCGACUCUAAAAGAUUUCUUUUGUAUGCAGUUAGCAAUUCGGGGACCAUUGACAUCCUCUCGUUCCGUAGGGAGAACCUUUCUCAAAAUUCGACAAUUGAACGCAUUGCAAAAGUCCAAAAUGUUUAUGAGGACUUUUUGAAACUUUGUCCUCAGUCGUUAAUUUAUAAAAAGAGUGACUUUGACGUUGUAGACAUUCACCCUGUAACGACCAACCAGUCGUCCAAUGUUUAUUUUAUCAUUUCCACCACCGUUGGUGUACGUGUUUGGUAUGCUCUUGCCAUACAGCCAGCAUCUGCCGCUCCUUCGAUGCUUAAGAUGUCAGCAAUUCCUUUACAUGCUCGAUUAUUGCCCCAAGAUCCUGGCGAAGGCCUUUCUAUUACCACUCAGGCCACGCUUACCCAUUGUUCCUUUUAUAAUCGAGGUGUAUUUUUAUCUGCUCAAGCCAAGGCUCAAACUGAAGAUGUUAUCUUCAAUUGUAUUACUGAACCUUCGGGAAAAGAUAGAUUUGAACAGACUCCUCGUGGCACAACCUCUUCAGGGGCCUUUGAACACUCGAAAAGCGUCACACCACCUGCUCUACUUGAGCUUCGGGGAAAAUAUCUUCCAAUCAUGGGGAAAACUUGGGCUAUUGCGGAGGCUCCCCAUUCACUUACAUUCGAUAUGCUUGAUAAUGGCUCCGAUUUUGAGGAAGAUAGCUGGCUCAAUGGAUUGUCUAUCCUCCACGAGCUCAUUGAUGUGCAAUCUUUUUCGCUGAGACAAUUUUUAAUUUUGACCAAUACAGGUUCGCUUGUUCUUAAAAUGACUUUGAUUUCCUCAAGCUCCACACACCUUCAGACCAUCCCGGACGAUGAUAGCACCGUUUUCUUAUUGCUUCUGCUUGCACUUUCUCCCAGCAAAUUUGGAUCCAAAAUCCCGGCUCCUGUUUCUCAACAAGCCUUAAGUCUUCUUGUUUGCAAGAAAAAUACAAGUGCUCAUUCAGGUGGAACCUCGCUGGCUCCUCAUAUCCGCGCCUUGAUUACUCUUUUUGGCCGAAUUGUUCGGCGACUAUGGAAAUUGCCUGUUGCGACAAUUUUUCAAGAUCAUUCAAGAAGUGUCAAGGGGAAAAAAGAGCGCAUUUUCUUUGAUAAUUUACUCAGAGUGAUCCAGGAUGAUUUGGAAUUGGGUAUUGAUUGGCGGAAUCCCGACAUCAUCCCAGACACACAUUUCAAACGGCUCAGAGACAAUGUGGUCGGGGACGGCAAGUUGCCGGUCAACAUUCAAUGUUCUCUCAAAUCGCUUACAUUUGAGUUGCUGUUUUCUUCAAAGCAGGGCCAUGAAUGUUUGGUAGAAUUUGUUGGCGCCAUUAUGCAAAAGCAAUUGGAAAAGGACGCUGUUUUAGACCCGAUUGUGGAUGUUAUUUCGCAGAGAUGCCCCAUGUUUCUGACGCCAGUUGAUGUUCUGUUUUUCCAGCAUGCCGCCAAAAUCCAAUCCAUCAUUGAUAGGGGUGAUGUGGUCGCUUCGUCAGUCCAAAUUUUGAAACCCCAUUUUUCCGAACUAUCAGAAUCUCGGCUUGCUGCCAUAUGCGAUCAAGCACGAGUUCUAUUUUACCACCAGAGUAAGGCUGGUGUUUUGAUUUUCGUAGAUGCGGCAGAUAUUUGCCUUUCCCUUUUUUCUUGCGAGUUUUCGUUGGCAAAAUCAGCGAGGCUUAGUGAAGAGGCGGUUUUUUCGGUCUUAUUUGCUUUGCUGGAUGAUGCCCUAUUGGUUUCAAAUGCACUUCGAUCAGUUGACCCUGCAUCUUUUUCUCCAGAUGAUCUUUAUCUUUUCAAGCUAUUCGAUAACUUGCUGGACUAUGUUUUGCAAAAAUCAACCGUUUCCAUCGUUCAUGAAAGAGUAUAUGAUUGGAUGAUCAAGAAAUCCAUACCGGAGUAUUUAAUUCAAAAGGACAGAUUUGAGAAGAUUUUGUCAAACUCAAUAGUGGUCCCCUCAUGGGCUAAAGACAUCCUGUGGAAAUUUUACGUGCAAAGAAACAUGUUUUACGAGGCCGCCACGGUGCUUUGCACUCUAUCCCAGGCGGAGGGGGAACAGGAGGAGCGUUUAGAGGUUGUCUCCAUCCAGGAAGAGAUUCUUGUUCAUCUCAAGGCAUACACGCUUGAAAUUGCAUCUAGUUGCGAUAUUUCAGAGUCCGAUUUGCAGGCAUUGAUUGCGUCGCUUGAUAAGCAUUUGUAUUCGCUAUCGGAUCUGUUUAAUAAGAUAACACGGCCCUUGAAGUUAUACGAAUUUUCGCUGAUAAUUAUCGACUCUGCCCAAUAUAAGCACCAAGCUUCUUUAGUGAUCAGUCUUUGGACAAAUAUCUUGCAACACGAGCUUGCUUCUAACAAUCCCUCCACGUUGGCCAUCUGUAUUGCUUUUAAAUUUUCGCAGCUUGGACCCCGGUUUUUGCCCUCCGAAGUUGCAUUUCCAAUCGACUAUCUAGUUGAUUGGAUUUCAAAAACCGUCUAUUCCGGUUCGAUCGCCGUAUCGAGUUCGUUCCUCAAUGCCGUAUUUGGCUCCUCCGGCAUAACCACCGAUAGAUUGCUUUCAUCGUUUUUACAGCUUCUGAUUGAUGGAAAGACUCAUCAAAUGCCAUGGAAGUUGCCGGUUGCAAAGCUGUUUUUAUGUAAAGAAUUGAUAGAGUUCUUAACGGUGUCAAAGAAACAUCUAUCGACAGACAUAUUGGAGAAAGUCUAUUCUAUUGCUAAGGAAUCGGAGGGACUUUGUGGUGAUAAGUAUGACAACCAUGUCUCCGAAAAAAUCAGGGAAAUGAUGCAAUAA